AGAUGUGUUAAGCGGUAUAAUAGGCAAUGAGACCGCGACCACAUAACCCUACUCUGAUGCCUUUUUCAUCUGCUUCACCAUUCUAUUCAUAAAUAAACAACAGAUUACACUCUCACUCUGCAAUCGCGUUCACUUUCUCGCCCUCAAUUUCAAUUCCAUAUCCCCGUAUUCGCCCAAACCCACCCACAACACAAACGAUGGAUAGGUAUCAGAGGGUGGAGAAACCCAAGGCAGAUAGCCCUAUCAACGAAAAUGAGAUCCGCAUUACUACUCAAGGAAGGAUGAGAAACUAUAUCACUUAUGCUACCACUCUUUUUCAAGAAAAAGGAUCUGAUGAAAUUGUUGUCAAAGCAAUGGGACGUGCAAUAAAUAAGACUGUAAUGAUUACUGAGCUAAUAAAGAGAAGGAUUGUUGGUCUGCAUCAGAACACUCAAAUUGGAUCAACUGAUAUAACUGACACAUGGGAACCACUAGAAGAAGGCCUUCUUCCUUUGGAGACUACUCGUCAUGUUUCAAUGAUCACAAUUACGCUGUCAAAGAAAGAGCUGGAUACAUCCUCCACAGGAUAUCAACCUCCUCUUCCAGCUGAUCAAGUAAAACCUUUGAAUGAAUAUGAAGACGAAGGAGAAGGCUCACCAAGGAUGCGAGGAAGGGGAAGGGGUCGUGGAAGGGGCAGGGGUAGAGGUAGAGGAAUGUAUAAUGGGGGUAUGGAAUAUGGUGAUGGUUGGGAUGGUGGACGUGGCUAUGGUGGCAGAGGGCGCGGCCGUGCAUGGGGUCAUGCUUUUCGUGGACGGGGACGAGGCUAUGGUGCCCAGCCAGUUGGGCAGUAUGACUAUGGUGAAUAUGAUGCACCACCUGCACCUCGUGGUCGAGGUCGUGGAAGGGGAAGGGGCCGUGGGCGUGGUCGUGAUGCGGGCCGUGGUGCAGCUGUCUGAUCAUCUGGGUGUUGGUUGUCAUGUAUAUGUUCAGUUAGAAGAGGGUUGCCUCUCUGCUUAGUUAUUUGUUAGAUUCGCUUUUAAUUUGGUAUUAUUAUUUGAAGCGUUCAGUGUCGCAGUCAUGUUCCUGCAGUUUUGCUUUUGUAGUUCUUUUUCUUGUAAAACAUCUAUCUAUACUUUUAAGUUAGGCAGGUUGAGUUAGGUAUAUUUACUUUGUUUAGAAUUAAAAAAAAAAAAAAGGAGUCGAAAUUGUCACAUUUUUCAUAUAGAAAUUAUUGCAGCAAGAUUUUCUAAGUGUUCCUAUGUAGUUGAUGUUUCAUUUC